AGCGGCGUGGCGGGGCGCGGGCCAUGGCGGCGGAGCCGGAGCUGGAGCCGGAGCUGGAGCUGGAGCCGGAGCCGAGCCCCGCCGGUUCGCUGCGCCGCUGCCUGGCGCGGCUCGGAGCGCUGCGGGCCCGGCCCGACGGCAGCCGCCGCACGGAGCUCCACCUGCUCUUCGACCAGCUCAUCUCCGAGAGCUGCGGGCCCCAGCCCGCCGCCGCGCCCGGCCCGCAGGAUGUUUGUGCUGUGCUUGUCCAAGGCUGUCAGUUGGUUCCACUUGAUCAGGAGCAUCUUGUCAGCAAAGUCUGUCAGCUUAUCCAUCACUUACUCAACAGAUAUCAGGUGAUGGUUGAUGAGCAGCACUUGAAUUUCCUUCUCUCCUACUGCAUCUCUGCUCUGAGGCAGUGCAGCUCCUGGACACAUGUUGAAAUUCUGCAAGCCUUAGCAGCUCUUGUUUACAACAAUGGGCCUAAGUGUCAGAAGUACCUCCCGGAUCUGCUGGGCAAGGCUGGGCUCCUGCUGCAGUUCAGCGACCCUGCCCAGCCAGAGGUGGAGCUCAGGAGGGCAGCUGUGCGCAGCAUGGCCAACCUGUGUCUCAGUGUCCCUGGACAGCCAUACCUGGAUGAGUCCUACAGAACUGUCUGUUUUCAAACUUUCCUGAGUGUUCUGCAGUCUUCAAAAACCACUGAUGUGGAUGACAUCACUUUUUGCAUGUUACUGCAAAGUGCACUGAAAGGUGUCCAGUCGCUUCUCAAUGGUGGGAAGAUGAAACUGAUGCAAACUGACCAAAUUGGAGCUCUUCUGGCAGUGUUAAAGAAAUUCAUGUUCCAUGGGCUGCCAGGACUGAGCAUAGAGGUGCCCACAGCCCUGUACCCUGCUCCCUUACCUCAGUAUGAUAAAAGGUCACCUGUCAAGCAGGAGCAGGCAGAAGCAGCCACCUCCAAGCAGACAGGGAGCCGAAGAAAAAAGUGCAAAGGGAAACAAAAGAAGGGAGAGUUUGGGGAAGAAGGAAGAGAAGGUCCAGAGGAUGCAGGAAAUGAGUCGGUGCUGGGAGCAGACAUGCUGAAAUUGCAGCUGGGGGAUGUGCAGAGCAGCCCUUGCCUUGAGCCUGGGCCCCGUGUGCCAGACGUGUGUGCUGGGAAGGAGCCCCCGAGCUCACAGCCCUGGAAACGCUUCAGCAGCAGCGAGUCCGAGUAUUCCGACACCGAAGGUGGACUCCAGAGCAAAGUGAGGUCUUACCAAGCCAAUGUUCGCCAAGGGGCUCUGGCCUGUUUCCUCUCCACUAUAAAGUCAAUAGAAAAGAGAGUUCUUUAUGGCUACUGGUCAGCAUUUGUUCCUGAUGCCCCUGGUAUUGGCAGCCCCCAGUCUGUGUCCCUGAUGACUAUUGCUCUAAAGGACCCUUCUCCAAAGACACGUGCCUGUGCUCUUCAAGUCCUCUCAGCCUUCCUGGAAGGUUCAAAGCAGUUCCUGUCUGUGGCUGAAGAUGCCAAUGACCACAAAAGAGCUUUUACCCCUUUCUCAGUCACCAUUGCUUCCAGCAUCCGGGAGCUGCACCGCUGCCUGCUGCUGGCCCUGGUGGCUGAGUCCUCCUCUCAGACACUGACACAAAUAGUCAAGUGCCUUGCAAACUUGGUUUCCAAUGCACCCUACAGCAGGCUGAAACCCGGGCUGCUUACCAGGGUGUGGAACCAGAUCAAGCCCUACAUCUCUCACAAAGAUGUCAACGUUCGAGUUUCCAGCCUGACGUUGCUGGGGGCGAUUGUCUCUGCCCAGGCCCCUUUGCCAGAGGUGCAGCUGCUCCUGCAGCAGCCCAGCUCCUCGGGGCUGAGCGGCAGCGGCAGCGCCAGCCCCGGGCGCCCGGGCUGCUGCGAGCAGUGGGGCAAGGCAGCGCCCUGGGCAGGGCAGAGCCCUCAGGGCAGCCCUGCAGGCCAGCCCUGCUGGCUGCUGCGCCUCUGCGUGUCCCUGGUGGUGCUGCCCAGGGAGGAUCCCUGCCCCGACGCCGCCACCGCCUUCCCCUCCGUGUGCAGCGUCUACGAGCCGUGUCCCCUGCGCCUGGAGGCGCUGCAGGUGUUGGCUCUUCUUGUGAAAGGUUAUUUCCCUAUGGCUCAGAGCUAUUUCCUGGGGCUUGGAGAAGUGGCUUGCAGAUGCAUGGAAGAAAUGGAUCCAUCCAUUCAGCUUCAUGGAGCCAAACUUCUGGAGGAGCUGGGCACGGGUGUCCUGCAGCAGCACAAACCAGACUCCCCCACUGCCCCUGAGCAGAGGGUGCCUGUCAGCGUGGUUGUGACCUUCUGGACGAUGAUGUUGAAUGGCCCCUUACCUGGCACCCUGCAGAACUCCCCCCAUGCCACUCUCCAGACAAGUGCCUGUGAUGCCCUGUCCUCGAUCUUACCAGAGGCUUUCAGCCUGCUGCAGGGGGACCAGCAGAUCCUGUGUGUCACCUUGCUGCUUGGCCUGAACCACAGCGAGAACCCCCUGGUGAAAGCUGCUGCUGCCCGUGCCCUGGGAGUCUACAUCCUCUUCCCGUGCCUCAGGCAGGAUGUGAUGUUUGUGGCAGACACAGCCAAUGCCAUUCUGAAUUCCCUCCACGACAAGUCUCCCAACGUCCGUGCCAAGGCAGCCUGGUCCCUGGGCAACCUGACAGACACCCUGAUCAUCAACAUGCAAACCUUGGGACAGAGCUUCCAGGAGGAGCUUUCUGAUCUCCUGCUGCUGAAAUUGCUGCGGUCUGCCACGGAAGCGUCCAAGGACAGAGACAAGGUGAAGAGCAACGCCGUGCGUGCCCUGGGGAAUGUGCUGCAUUUCCUGCAGCCCUGCCACGUGGCCAACCCCAGGUUCAGGGAGGCCGUGGAGGAGUCCCUGCAGGCCCUGAUUGCCACGGUGGGCAGCGAGGCCACCAUGAAGGUGCGCUGGAACGCCUGCUACGCGCUGGGGAACGUCUUCAAGAACCCUGCCCUGCCUCUCGGAGAGACUCCUUGGGCCACGCAAGCUUUCAGUGCCCUUUCCUCUGUAGUCAAGUCCUGCAAGAACUUCAAAGUGCGGAUCAAGUCGGCCAUGGCCCUGUCCAUCCCCAGCAAGAGGGAGUGCUACGGCUCCACGGAGCAGUUCUGCCAGAUCUGGAGUGCCUUGGUGGUGGCCCUGCAGAGGAGCGAGGACACCGAGGACUUCCUGGAGUUCAAGUACAGCUCCAGCCUGAGGAGCCAGAUCUGCCGGGCCCUGCUGCACCUGCUGCAGCUGGCCAGGGCCACGGACCUGCCCCUCCUCGGGGCCAGCCUCAGGGAGCACGGCCAGGCCAUCAGAGCCCACGUGCUGCACUACCUGAGCUCCUCGGGCGAGGAGAGCGAGGCAGGAGCGCACACGGACCUGGGGGACAGGCAGAGAGGGUUGCAGGGAGCCAUCGAGCACCUCAGUGGCAUAGAGAGCGAGCUGCAGGGCAAGGCCAGGCUGAGAGUGUCCCUGUACCUGGAGGAUGUCCUGGCACACCACACCAAUGCCACGGAGCUGGCAGAAGCUUGAAGGAAAUGCCUGUUUCAGUGACCAAAGCUUCCACAGGGAGCACUGAGGUGUGUUCCCUUGCACAGGACAUCCAGAGGAAAAGUUUCCUGCUGCUGAUAUUAAGUAUUUUGUUUCAGACUUUAUUAAUAAUGCCUCUAGGACUUUUUUCUUUUUUAUUACUAUUUUUUAUUGUUGUGUUUGGGGAGCUCUGCUGUUGCCCUCCCUGGUGCUGGUUUGUGCACUUUGCUGUCACAGCGUCGCCACUUGGAAAACAAACGCCUUUUCCUCCUCUGUGUGUUUUUUAAAGCUGCUUGUUCCUUCAGCUUAUCUCAAAGCAUUUUGUUCCUAUUGCUGCAGGAUCCAGAAUCAUGUUUGUAAAGCAGGGGGUUGGAAGAAUUUUGUUUUUCAGAGCACUGCAAAUGUUGUCACUCUUGUGUUCCUGCAAUAAACCCAAAUACGCCAAUAUUUGAAGAAUAGCUUAGAGCAAA